AUGGCGCCUAGGAGAAAGGCGGACGGCGCGCCUGGUGCGCUUCCGCCCGCAGCAAGGAAGACCGCCACAAAGCCGACAGCUGUACGUAAAGCAGCCCCCAAAGACGGUAUCAACACCGAACAAGCAGCCGCGAAGGAUGGCUCGAAGACUGAAAGACAACACCGCCGGUCAAAUCAGCUUGCCGACAGCUUCGGCGCUGCCCUGGAGCCGUUCUACUACGAGAAAUCCUUGACGGAUCCGAUUGACACGGCGCGAGACAAAUGGAAUCUGCUUCCGGCGUUCCUCAAAGUCAAAGGGCUUGUAAAGCAGCAUGUCGACUCGUUCAAUCACUUCGUUGACGUCGAGCUGAGAAAAAUCAUCGAUGCUGAGCCCCUCAUCACAAGUGACAUCGAUCCAAAGUUCUACAUCAAAUAUGAGGACAUCUACAUCGGCCGACCUUGCAGGGUCGACGAGAUGGAGGAAUCCAGCCUUCGAAGAGGAGGCUCAACUGUCACACCGAAUGAAUGUCGACUGCGGGAUUUCACGUAUGCUGCUCCAAUCCUGGUCGACGUCCGAUAUGCGAAGGGGGAUGCUUCCUGGCGCAGCACAGGCUUGCCCAUCGGACGACUGCCGGUUAUGCUGCGAAGCAACAAAUGCGUGCUCUCCAACAAAUCGGAAGCAGAGAUGUGUGCCAUGGACGAGUGCCCCCUGGAUCCUGGUGGCUACUUUAUUGUCAACGGCACUGAGAAAGUCAUUCUGGUGCAAGAGCAGCUCAGCAAGAAUCGUAUCAUCGUCGAGGCCGACACAAAGAAGGAUUCCAUCGUCGCAUCCGUCACCAGCUCCACCCACGCCAGGAAAUCCAAAAGUUACAUUGUGCUCAAGAAGGAUCUGCUAUACAUGAGGCACAACAUUCUCAAGGAGGACGUCCCUGUUUGCAUCUUGCUCAAAGCAAUGGGCGUGGCUUCCGAUAUGGACAUGAUGGCCAUCGUGGCCGGUCCGGACAGCACUUUACAAGAAGACUUUGCAAUCAAUUUCGAGGAGACGAUCAAGGCACAGAUACACACUCAGCAGCAGGCUCUGGACUACAUCGGAGCACGCCUCAAGAUUUCCACGAAAAAUACACCAUUUGGGCAAACCCGCAGGAACUUUGUCCAGGAGGCGGUCGAGUGUGUUAGUGCCAUAUUCAUUGCCCACGUUCCGGUGGAAGACCUGAACUUUAGACCCAAGGCUCUUUAUGUAGCCCACAUGGCACGCCGCGUUCUGAUGGCAAAGCGUAACCCGGCACUAGUUGACGACAGAGACUACGUCGGCAACAAACGUCUGGAACUCGCAGGGCAACUACUUUCUUUGCUGUUUGAGGAUCUCUUCAAGAACUACAACUACCAUAUCAAGACAACCAUUGACAAACAACUGAGGAAACCCAACAAGACCUCUGUCGUCGAGCCUGCAAAGAUCAUGGCUGGGGCAUCAGGUCACAUUACUCAAGGGAUGAACAGGGCAAUUGCUACCGGCAAUUGGAACUUGAAGCGGUUUCGUAUGGACCGUGCUGGCGUUACCCAUCUCCUCAGCCGGUUGAGCUUCAUCGCCUCGCUCGGUAUGAUGACCCGCAUUUCGAGUCAAUUCGAGAAGACCCGUAAAGUCAGUGGCCCCAGAGCGCUACAGCCAUCGUCGUUUGGCAUGCUUUGCCCUGCAGACACGCCUGAAGGCGAAGCGUGUGGUCUGGUAAAGAACCUGGCAUUGAUGACACAUAUCACGACCGAUGAUGAAGAAGCACCGAUCAAGCGGUUGAUCUUCAUGCUGGGCGCCGAAGAUAUAACCAGUGUUGGUGGAUCCGAGCUCUAUGCGCCAGGAGCCUAUGUCGUGAUGUUGAACGGCACCCCACUCGCCACUACUCGGAUGCCCUCUCAUUUUCUCACGUCUUUCCGAAGAUUGCGACGGUCGGGACGUAUCUCCGAGUUCGUGUCCGUCUUUAUCAACCAUCAUCACAACACCAUCCAAGUCGCCACCGAUGAAGGCCGAAUUUGUCGCCCAUUGAUCAUUGUUGAAGACAAAAAGUCCAAAGUUACCAAACGAUACUUGAAGUCGCUGAGGCAGGGCUCGAUGGAUUUUGACGACUUCCUGGCUCGCGGCCUGGUCGAGUAUUUGGACGUCAACGAGGAGAAUGACAGCCACAUUGCAAUGUACGAGUCAGACAUUUGCUCAACCACGACUCAUCUGGAGAUUGAGCCCUUCACGAUUCUCGGUGCGGUCGCUGGUCUCAUUCCUUAUCCGCACCACAAUCAAUCUCCCCGUAACACCUACCAAUGUGCUAUGGGUAAGCAAGCCAUUGGAUUCAUCGCCAACAAUCAGUUCCUCAGAAUCGACACCCUCUUGUACCUCAUGGUCUACCCGCAGAAACCUCUUGUGAAGACGCGAACCAUCGAGUUGGUCAAGUACGACAAACUCCCGGCUGGACAAAACGCCACUGUGGCAGUCAUGUCCUACAGCGGCUACGAUAUCGAAGACGCCCUGGUCCUCAACAAGGCCUCCGUCGACCGUGGGUUCGGACGCUGCCAGGUGCUACGCAAAUACCCCGUGUCUCUCAAGAGCUAUCCCAAUGACACUCACGAUGAGGUCUUGGCUCCAUCAAUGCGUCCUGACGGGACAGGACCCGAGAAGGGCCACACUCUGCUGGAUUCGGACGGAAUUGCACGUGUCGGUGAGAUGGUGCGGGCCGGUGAGAUCAUGGUGAACAAGGCUAUUCCCAAGAAUGCCAACUCCUCCCUGCUGUCAGAGAACGGGAUGGAUAUGGGACUUGAGGAUCAGCCCCAGAAGUACCGCCUUCCGGAUCCGAGCUACAUCGACAAAAUCAUGGUCACGCAGGCCGAAAGUAGCGGCCAUCAGAUCAUCAAGGUGCAGACGCGUCAGACUCGAGUCCCCGAAGUGGGUGACAAGUUCUCCUCCAGACACGGUCAAAAGGGUGUGGUUGGCAUCAUCGCCGAGCAGGUCGACAUGCCCUUUUCGGACCGAGGCGUCACCCCGGACAUCAUCAUGAACCCCCAUGGUUUCCCUUCCCGCAUGACAGUGGGCAAAAUGCUCGAACUGGUCUCCGGGAAAGCAGGCAUCCUGAAAGGCAAAUUCGAGUACGGAACCGCCUUUGGGGGUUCCAAGCUGGAAGACAUGUCCAAAGCGCUUCUGGAAGCCGGGUACAGCUACGACGGCAAGGACUACCUCACCAGCGGCAUCACCGGCGAGCCGUUGCCGGCGUACGUCUUCACAGGACCCAUCUACUACCAGAAGCUCAAACACAUGGUCCAAGACAAGAUGCACUCGCGCAGCCGCGGCCCCCGCGCCAUCCUGACCCGCCAACCGACCGAAGGCCGUUCCCGCGACGGUGGUCUCCGCUUGGGCGAAAUGGAACGUGACUGCCUGAUAGCGUACGGGGCCAGUCAACUCCUCCGCGAACGACUCAUGCUCUCGAGCGACAAGCAUGACGUCGACGUCUGUGAGAGUUGCGGAUUCAUGGCGUUUGGGAGGUGGUGUCAGCGGUGCGCGAAGGCUGGGAAGGCCGGGAGCAACGUCGUGAGGAUGACGUUGCCGUAUGCUUUCAAGUUAUUGCUGAACGAGCUGGGGAGCAUGAAUGUCAAUACGCGCUUGAUUGUGAGUGAUGAAUUUCCCGCCGAUGGGAGCCGGAGGGCUUAA